AUGAUGGAUACUGCAACUCAUAAUCUUACUGUAAAGAGAUCAUGGCAUUUUUACGAUGAUGCAGUUAUGGCAUUAGCAAGUAAUUUAACAGUUUCUACUCAGAAUAAAGCAUGGACACCGCUUGCAAGCCGUUUAUUAACAACAGUUCAGUCUAUGCCCGAAUUAAUUAAGCGUUAUAAUGAUGACGAGAUAUUUUCAUGUAUUUCCAAUCAAGAUUUGUUUCACGCAAUGGCGUGGCUAACUCUACGGCGUGUAUCAUUCGUAUUAAGGAAUAAUACAAUGACAAUGUUUUCCAGUCAAAAUUCAUUUUUCAAAAUAAAUGCUCGAUUAAAUGAUGCCGGUGCUUAUUUAUUUAAUGAGGCUACGAAUGACCUUUCAGCCACACUUUCUCAUCCAACUCGUAUUAAUAGAAUCGUAACAAUAAAUAUUGACAGAAUUGGCUAUGGGCAAGGGUGCAUUGUACUAUCGGAUCUUACUACUAAUGUUAUGAUAGCUUUACCAUCAUCAGAUCAACUUUUGGGAGCAUCUGUAACAGUAACAUGCAAGAAAAAACAAUUAAAACUUCGUUAUAAAUAUUAA